AAGCUGCAGCCCAGAAGUAACGAGACUGUCAACAAGUUGUCAUCAGCUGCUGGGACAGAUUAGCUGCCGCCGGUUUUACGGUAAAACUUUAACCUCCCGCUCAUUCAGAUGAUUAACGGCGGCGAACAGACGAAGGUGGAGGAAGCUCAGUGCAGACAGUGAAUGAGAAGCUGAUGUCUGUCCUCACUGAUCCUGACUGAACUUCAUGAACUGACCUCAGCAGCGGUCCAGAACUUCUAACAAAGCAGCCAGUCUCCCAGUGUGACAAGUAUGGCUGCCGCCAACACCACCAAGAUCUCAUGGCGACUGCAGGAGUUCGAGGCUCACUCCAGCACCGUUUCCUGUUUGGCUCUGGGGAAGAACUCCGGCCGCCUGCUGGCCACAGGAGGGGAGGACUGCAGGGUCAACCUCUGGGCUGUCAGCAAGGCCAACUGCAUCAUGAGUUUGACGGGUCACAAGAACCCAGUGGAGUGUGUCCAGUUCAACGCGUCAGAGGAUCAGAUCGUCACUGGUUCACAGUCUGGAUCCAUACGAGUCUGGGACAUGGAGGCUGCCAAGAUUUUAAGGACUCUGAUGGGACACAAAGCCAACAUCACCAGUCUGGGCUUCCAUCCGUUUGGAGACUUCCUCGCCUCGAGCUCCAUGGACACAAACAUCAAGCUGUGGGACGUGCGGAGGAAAGGAUACGUGUUCAGGUACACGGGUCACACUCAGGCAGUCAGGAGCGUAGCCUUCAGUCCAGACGGGAAGUGGUUGGCUUCAGCCAGCGACGACGGAACCGUUAAGCUGUGGGACCUGAUUCAGGGGAAGACGAUCACAGAGUUCACGUCUCACACUGCAGCCGUCAACAUCGUCCAGUUUCACCCCAACGAGUACCUGCUGGCCUCGGGCAGCUCCGACAGGACCGUCAAGCUGUGGGAUCUGGAGAAGUUCACGAUGGUCGGCUCGAUGGAGGGGAACACCACUCCGGUCAGGUGUUUAUGUUUCAGCCCGGAUGGCGGCUGUCUGUACAGCGGGGCCGCGGACUCUCUGCGGGUCUUUGGCUGGGAGCCCGAUCGCUGCUUCGACGUGGUGCCGGUGGCCUGGGGAAAAGUCUCCGACCUGGCGAUCUGCAACCAGCAGCUGAUCGGCGUGUCUCACCAGCUCUCCAGCGUGUCGUCCUACGUGGUGGAUCUGAAGAGGGUGAAGAAGAGCGGCGGCUCUAAGAUCCAGGGAAUCGUCAAGGACAACCAGCCGCUCACAGAGCCAAAGGAUCCGAAAGGAGCCGCGCUGCGCAAAAACUACGAGAGGCCCACGACCACCUGCAGCUCGCAGAGGGUGAGGGAGAGGUCGGACGCUGAUAGGCGGAGCCCCGAAGGCGAGAGGCGGAGCCCCAGUGAGGACGAGGCCGAAGAGAAAGUGUCGUCGGCCGAAAUCCACAACGCAGAAGAUUAUAAGGAGAUCUUCCAGCCCAGGAACGCCAUCUCUCGCACGCCUCCCAGGAUGUCAGAGCCUUUCCCUGCUCCUCCAGAGGACGAGACCAUAUUAGCGAUUGGCCGUCAGCUGAAGGACAUGGUCUCUCAUUUUCCUGAAAAGCAGCAGACUCCUCCGCUGGCCUCCUCCACACCUGUCCAGAGGGUGGAGCCUACAGUGGUCUCCUGUGUGAAGCGCCCGGCCCCCUCAGCUGUCGGCUCGGCGUCCUCCAACCCCCCCUCCUCCGGACCGCCUCCCCCGCAGCCUCCCGUCACCAUGGCGAAGUCUAAACCUCAACCUAAAAUCAUCCUCAGCACCAGGAACGAGCCGAUCGGACUGAACGUGGCCGACUUCCUUCCUUCUUCACCCAACAACCGAGCCGGCGCUCUGAGCGACGAGGAGGCUCUGUCUCAGAUCAAGAAGGGUCACGACACCAUGUGCGUGAUGCUGAGCAGCCGACACAAGAACCUGGAGACGGUCCGGGCCGUGUGGGCCCGCGAGGACAUCAAGAGCGCUCUGGACACUGCUGUGUCUAUGAAUGACCUGUCUAUUGUGGUGGACAUCCUGAACAUCAUCAACCUCCAACCGUCGCUGUGGAAGCUCGAUCUGUGCACCACCAUUCUUCCUCAGAUCGACAAACUGCUGCAGAGUAAAUACGAGAGCUACAUGCAGACCGGCUGCACGUCUCUGAAGCUCAUCAUGAAACACUUCUGGAUGCUGAUCUCAGACACUUUGAAGGCGGCGCCGUCCGUCGGAGUGGACAUCACGCGAGAGGAGCGACACCAGAAGUGCAGAAUGUGCUGCAAACAGCUGAAGAACCUGAGCAACAUGGUGAAGAACAAGGCGACGCAGGUCGGUCGCCACGGCAGCGCCUUCAAAGAGCUGCAGCUGCUCAUGGCGCCGCUCGACGACUCUCUCUGAGGCGCGGCACGCCGCAGACGGUUUGGGAAGUACUGACAUCAUCACCACAUGCAUCAGCUGACCUGGACGCUGCGGCGUGUGUGUGUGUCAGUCUGAUCAUGUGACACAUCCUCCAGAGGCCUCCGUCUCACUGAGAGCGAGGAGAAGAAGAAGAAGUGUGUAAUUUAAAGACGCUCUUCUGUACAGGAACUCGCUGACAUGUCGAGGAAAUCCGUUUGUCUUAGUAUCAGAGAAGAACGAUGUCAGUUUGACUCUCGGUCUGAUGGACCCACAGCGAUGCUGCGUUGAUCUCGGGCAGCGAGAUCACACGACGAAACACGGCGGCGUCUCAUCUGUUCUGCAAAGCUACAAACAGGAAGACAUUUAACUGUGAGUGAAACGGCAACGCCAAGACGACGCCCACAUUUCAGUUAGCAUUAGUGUCGUGUCUGAAAAUAUGAGGCUACAGCCAGCAGCAGAUUAGUUUAGCUUAGCAUGAAGACCAGAAACAGCUAGCCAAUCAAAAUCCAUCAAUCAGCAUCUCUGAAGCUCGCCGUUUAACUCUCUAUGCCAGGCUGGUUGCCAGGCAACCAGCAGAGACAUGCUGAAGAAGAAGUUUGAUUUAGUUGUGUUCACUGUUUGUUGUGCAAAUGAAAGAAACCAGAUGUUUCCAGUCUUUAUGCUAAGAUAAGCUAACCAGCUUCAUGUUGCUCAUCAACCUGAACGUCGAACUCUCACCUGGAAAGCGAGCAGGUGUGUUUCCUGAGACGUCCUGCUGAAGCGAUGGGGCGCAGCUCGUUUUGUGUCUGAUCACCUGAAACAGGAUCUCAGGUUGUUGGUAAUCAAUUACUAAUAAUCUGUAGAAAACACGUGUCAGUCAGAAACCUGUGCUGGAGUCAGGUGUUGCGUUCACCUGAGGGGAUGAUGCAGAAACACGUGAUCGACACGUUUGUUUCUGAUGUUUUCUACUUUUCUCUGCUUUCCACACUGAGUCUGUUUUCAAUGCACCGUUCUUACUGUUAAUAAAGUUUUGUUGGG